CGGAAGUGCUGGGAAACCAAGAGCCACAGGAAACAGGACAUGUUCCGAGCCGCCUGCUAACUACCUGACAGGUGUCCCACCCUGACUCUCACAUUCAGGGAAGCAUGGGAGGCUCUCAGAGCGUCGAGAUACCGGGUGGAGGCACAGAGGGAUACCACAUCCUCAGGGUUCAAGAGAACUCGCCAGGCCGGCGUGCAGGACUGGAGCCAUUCUUUGAUUUCAUCAUCUCAAUCUGUGACACUCGGCUGAACAGGGACAAUGACACCCUGAAAGAGCUGCUGAAGAUGAACGUGGAGAGGCCCGUCAAGAUGUUGUUGUAUAGCAGCAAGACGCUGGCCGUGCGGGAGACGACUGUCACCCCCAGCAACAUGUGGGGCGGCCAGGGGCUUCUGGGAGUCAGCAUUCGCUUCUGCAGCUUCGAGGGAGCAAAUGAAAAUGUUUGGCACGUCUUGGAAGUGGAGCCAAACUCUCCUGCAGCACUGGCAGGUUUGAGGCCUUAUGUGGACUACAUAAUAGGAGCAGACACCGCCAUGACUGAGAGCGAAGAUCUGUUUUCCCUCAUUGAAACCCAUGAAGGGAAGGACCUGAAGCUGUACGUUUACAACACAGACGCAGACAACUGCCGCGAGGUGGUCAUCACUCCAAACUCUGACUGGGGUGGAGAGGGCAGUCUAGGCUGUGGGAUUGGCUAUGGUUACCUGCACAGGAUACCUACCCUGCCAUUUGCAGAGGGUAAGAAGAUCAGUUUCCCAACACAGACUCAUGAUGAACCACCUCCUUCACCAAAAGAUGGCUUCACUGAGGUCCACCUCUCUGCUGUUGUUCCAACUGUUCCAAUUGUUGUGUCGUCUUCUGACUCGACGGGAUUAGAGCGGGGUCUCGCCGGCUUGACGGUCAGCUCAAAUCCAACAUCAGUCCUGAGCAGUCACACAGGAGCUCCUGCUGUCCCGCUGCACAACCACGUAACCCUCUCACAAAAUGUUCCACUGUCUGUCAGUCCUGCUCCAACGCUACCAGGUGUAAUGCCCCUACCUGGAGGUCUUCCACCUUUUCCUAAUUUACCAAACCUAAAUGUCUCCUUGCCAGAUGUGAGCCACGUAUUGCCACCGGGAGUUGGAUUACAGCGUACAGGUCUUCCCCCUCUUCCAGCCCUCAACCUGCCGGGUGUAGCCCCUAGUGCAACGCUUCCUCUGUCCAACUUUGUUGCACCCCCAGUCUUUGCCAGUACUUCUCCUGCUGUUACACAGGAUAGCACAAUCCCAAUGAACAGUUUUCUGGCCAAAACCCCCAACUCACCAUCAGUGACCACCUCUGGAUCGAUAAAUAUCACAAUGUCUGUAGAUUCAUCUUAGCAGAGCAAAAAUUGAGGAUGUUGGCAUGCUCUUUAAAGUCCUUACACAGUAACCUACCCAUUCACCCCAGCACUCUGCUGACAAAUUACUCGCGCACACAGACCAUCAGGAUUGUUGUACGAGCUGAACUGAGACAGUGGAACUGGUAUUAAAAUGGAAGACAUCCUGUCCUGGAAAUGUCAGAAUAAAGGUCCUGCAUCCAAAAGGUUUAGUGUAAGGAAGAUUAAACUCCUCAAAAAUGUUCUUAAACGUCCUCUGUCACAGAACUUAAAAAAAAAAAAAAAAA